AUGGCUGUCUCCUUCCACGUUCGAUCUAACAGCUUCCCUUCAAGGCAACACCCUCAAGCUGCUCAUGUUGAUGACCAAUUGAUCCGACUGAGAUCUUCUGAAACAGCCUCAAGCUCUUCCAUCUGCCAAAGGCUUAGCAACCUUCAAGAUUUACAUGAUUCUCUUGAGAAACUUCUUCGUUUACCUAUCACCCACCAGGCUUUAUCUCAAGAUCAGAUUGAGAAGCUUCUUGAUGGAUCCCUCAGGAUCUUGGAUUUGUGUAAUGUCGCCAAGGAUUCUUUGUCACAGAUGAACGAAGGUCUCAAGGAGAUCCAAUCCAUUCUACGAACGAAGCGUGGAGAUCUAUCUGCAGAGGUCAAGAAAUACUUAGCCUCAAGAAAGUUCUUGAAGAAGUCAUUCCAAAAAGAACUCAAGAGUUUGAAAACCUGCCAAAACAAAGACAACACCGAUGAAUCUUUGGUUGUGUUUGGAGAGGCAGAAGCCAUAACAGUUGCUCUGUUUGAAUCUCUGUUUAGCUUCAUGUCCGGAUCAAAGGCUUGUGGAAAAUGGUCAUUGGUCUCAAAGCUGAUGAGCCAGAGCAAAGCUACAUGUGAAGCAGAAGCAAACGAAUUCACAAGAGUGGAUUUUGAAUUCCAAUCCGAGAAGUCCUUGAAGAUGGAAGAUGUGCAGAUCCUAGAGUCGUGCAUUCAAGAUCUUGAAGAUGGCAUUGAGUCACUAUCAAAGUCAUUGAUCAAAUACAGAGUCUCACUUCUUAACAUCUAA